CACCGGCGGAAUAAACCAAACACCUGCCACCGCGCAGACUUUCAACAACUAGUCGUGCAGCGUGGUGGAGCUUACGUGACAAGACGACGAACACAUCUUCUGUUUUGUAUUCAAACUGGCAAACGCUGGAGAUAUUGUCACGAAAACAGCAAAACACCUCUUGCUUUUGUUGCCUUUAUCUCCUCAACUGUCCAGAUAACAUCUUAGAAGUAUCCUGAGGAAUUUCGUGCACAAACUGCAACUUUUAUCGCCGUUUUUUCGGAAUCACUGACACGCCCCAAAAGUGGGAAUUCAAAAGGCUAGAGCUAUAUAAGCUCUUAUGAUUUUAUGAGAAGGUUUUUGACGAAUCUCAGAGUUUAAGGCACGAGCUGUGCUCACAGAGACGGUAAGGAAUGUAACGAUAACAUCUCACCUGAGCCUCAAGACACCAAAUACACGGAGCAACAGACCGACUGAGCCACAAAACCAACAAAUCAGGUUGCCUGCAAAUGGGUCUAACCAUGAGAGUUAUGGAAACAAGACUCCUCCUGUUGCUGUGGGCUUUGUUUGUGUUUGAAGUGGCCUGCACACAUCGCUCCGCUCCCAGAGUGCACCUGGCUUUUAAAGAGCUGAUGGAUACUCGGACAGCAAGGCCGUUCAGUUUCUCCUUCAACACCAGUGACUACCGGAUCUUGCACGUUGACCCAGACCAGGGGCGGUUGUACCUGGGCAGCCGUGAAUAUCUGGUCUCUCUAGACAUGCAAAACAUCAACAAAGAGCCUCUCAUUAUCCACUGGCCGGCUCCAGCUCAGAGAAAGGGAGAGUGUCAGAUGACUGGGAAAGGCAGGCAUGGAGAGUGUGCUAACUUUGUGCGUCUGAUUGAGCCGUGGAACAGGACUCACCUGUACACCUGCGGCACAGGAGCUUAUAAACCCAUCUGUACUUUCAUCAACAGAGGCUGGAGAGCUGAGGACUACCUCUUCAGGCUGGUUCCUGGUUAUGUGGACUCUGGAAAGGGAAAAUGUUCUUACGAUCCAAACCAGGAGAAUGUUGCAGCCCUGAUAAAUGGAAACCUGUAUGCUGGAGUGCCGGUGGACUUCAUGAGCACUGAUCCAGGAAUCUUCAGGACCAUGGGGAGCCGGCCAGCUGUGAGAUCAGAGCAGUAUGACUCUAAGUGGCUGAACGAACCUGUAUUUGUUCACAUGAAACAGAUUCCUGACAGCUCAGAAAAGAACGAUGACAAGCUUUAUUUCUUCUUCCGUGAGAAGAGUCUGGACUCGGGUGGAGGAGCGAGUCCAAGUGUUUUAGCCAGAGUGGGCCGUGUGUGCCUGAAUGAUGAGGGAGGACAGAAGUCUCUUGUGAACAAAUGGACGACUUUUCUGAAGGCCAGGCUGGUGUGCUCUGUGAUGGGAGAUGAUGGGGUGGAAACCUUCUUUGAUGAACUGAGGGAUGUGUUUAUCCAACUUAACCAGGAUGAACGAAACCCUGUAGUAUAUGGCGUCUUCUCAACUUCUGGCUCUGUGUUUAAAGGCUCAGCCGUGUGUGUCUACUCAAUGGCUGACAUCCGAAAUGUCUUCAAUGGCCCUUUCGCCCAUAAACACGGACACAACUACCAAUGGACUACAUACACAGGGAAGAUUCCCUAUCCACGUCCAGGAACGUGUCCGGGAGGCACAUUCACACCGGGUCUUAAGUCCACAAAAGAGUUCUCAGAUGAAGCAGUUAACUUCAUACGUGCUCAUCCUCUCAUGCACCACCCUGUGUAUCCCAUUCACAAGCGCCCUCUGGUGGUGCGCUCUGGUGUAGACUAUCGCUUUACUACUAUUGCGGUGGACCAGGUGGAUGCUGUGGAUGGCCGAUAUGAGGUUCUCUUUCUGGGAACAGAUCGUGGUACGGUUCAAAAAGUUAUAGUCCUGCCCAAGGAUCCCACCACAAUGGAAGAGCUCACUUUAGAGGAAGUGGAAGUUUUUAGGACACCUGCUCCUGUCAAAACAAUGCACCUAUCAGCCAAAAGGCAACAGCUGUACGCAUCUUCAGAGGCAGGACUUACCCAGAUGUCUUUGCACCGCUGUGGAGUGUAUGGAAAGGCCUGUUCGGACUGCUGUCUGGCCAGAGACCCCUACUGCGCCUGGGAUGGAGAAAACUGCUCCGCCUUUACACAAGCCACCAAAAGGAGGAGCAGAAGGCAGGAUGUUAAACAUGGUGACCCUUUGCGUCAGUGCCGGGGCUACAAUGCCAAAGUGGAGAGGAGACUGAAGGAGAAAAUUCAGUUCGGAGUGGAGGGUAGCAGCACAUUUCUGGAGUGCGUGCCGCGCUCUCCUCAGGCCACUAUCAAAUGGCUCUACCAGAAGGAGGGAAGACGAAAAGUGCUGAAUCGUGACGGGGAGGUUCUUAAGACUCCUCAGGGGGUCCUUCUGAAAGCUCUCACCAAAGCAGAUGCAGGCCAGUACCAUUGCCUGGCCACAGAAAAUAACUUCAAACACACGCUGGCUCGUGUCUCUUUACGGAUCCUGGAUCGGGACAUCGCUGUAGCCCUCACCACCCCCGAUGAGGAGGAAGAGGCUUCAAGGAGCCAUCACAAAAACCAUCAACAGGAUGCACCUCCUACCCCAGCGCUCCUGCUGGAGCCUGAAAUGCGUCUGAUUCAGCAGUACUGCCAGUCCUACUGGGAGCAGCUGACCGCUGGGGGGAACUCUCAGGCUGACCUCCCUAAACGCACAAAUCGCAGACACACAGAAGCACUGAAGGCUAGUGGGGAGUGAGGAGGAGAGGAAAAGACUGUUCGUCACCUUGUUCCAAGCAGUUCAUGGACUUGUAUAGGUUAGUUCAUGUGCAGUGGCACCUAAAAGUAUUUGGACACAUUUGGACACGUUUUACGGUGUUCAAAAGGAAUCAAUAUUAAUUUACAACACUUAAAAAGGAAAAUGUAUUAUUUUAACUGUACCUGCAUAGGAUAAUUCAUGAACAGUGGCUCCAAAAAGUAUUUGAACACUAUUGGACAAUUAAAAAUUAUGUAAUUUUUACAAAAUUCAAAAGUAAUCUUUUUUUUUUCUUUUUUUUUUUUGGACACUUAAAAAUGAAUAAAUCUUUGCAGUGUUAAAAAAUUAAUUAAUUCAUUCAUGAACAGUGGCUCCAUAUAUUUGGUAAUAUAUGGAACAAAAUUUCAUUUAAAAAUUAAUUUUUACAGUGUUUAAAAUUAAACAAAUUAAUCGAAUUAAUUAAUUCAUGAACAGUGGCUCCAAAUAUUUGGAAAUUACUUUUUAAAAUGAUUAACAUUUAUUUUGGACACAUGCAAAUAAAUACAUUUUUACAUUGUUCAAAAUGUAAAAUGUGUAUUCAUUCAUUCAUUCAUUCAUUCAUUCAUAAAUGUCCCCAAAAAAGUUCAUUUUGACAAUGUUCAAAAUUAAAAAUUAAUUAACUGUCUGUUCUUUUGAAAUUUGCCACUUGGUUUGAUAUUUUGUUAUCUAAUGCAAUAGCAUUCACCCCCCCAAAAUGAAGCGUCUAAAUUCUUUUUAGAGUCACUGUAUGUAAUCCUACAUUCAUUGUUCAUUCAUUCACUGAUCCAAAGUUAAAGUACCUGACCAUUCGUCUGUUGUACUGAGAUUGUAGUCAGUGUUGAUUUAGGACUGAGCAUUUCCACUUGCCACAGUGAUGUGACUGCAUUUCAGUAUUAUAAACAGGUGUAAACUUUUACUAACCUCACAAAUAUGACCUUACAGUCAUUACAUACUGGCUUUAAUUACCUAUAAACCAUAAAGCACCUUUAAAGAGGAUAUUACCUCAUAAACUUUGAAAACGUUCCACUAUCCUGUAGUCAGAAAAACAAAGUUGCCUACAAACUCAUUGUUAAAUCACUCAAUCAGUGGGCCAGUGCAAUUUCUAAUGUUCCACCUGGAUUAUGAAAUUGUGAAAGUAAUAUAUAUGUAUGUAUGUUUAAUAUUAAUAUAUGUAUGGAUUCCAAUAACUGGGUUAAUAAUGGCACCAAACAUCUGCAAGAACACUACUUGCCUUCAUGUCUGUGUGACUGUGGCUGCUUCUCACUAUUUGUAAUAUAUAUUUAUUUGAAGUUGUAUAUUUUUUAUGGGAUGAUGCUUGUUGCUAGAGGUGGAGGGCAUUUUUGCAUGAUUGACAAUUUGAAUAUGUUGUUAUAUUUAUUUAAAUGCAUUCAAAAUGACUGACUGUUUAGGAAAUAACACUUUUAUGCUGUGCAUUUAGUUUCAUGCUUGGUGUCUGGUUGAGCAAUCACCAUUCAAGCAAAAACAAACGGUCAAAUAAGUUCACUCAGAUAAUAUCUAACACUGGAAAUAUUUCACAAUAUUCGUGUCCUUUUUUAGUAGAAUGGUAGAAUAGUCCCGGUGUAAAAUAAAAUGUUAUGUCUUGCUUUUUGAUGUUGAUGUCUUAGAUGUCUUGUAAGAAAAAAUAAAAAUAAAGAGCAAUAAUUCGUGA